CCAGGUGAAUUGCUGCUGGGACUGGCACAGGGAAAGGAGCCGGAGCACCGCGGAGAAUGGGGAUCACAGGCUCCAGCCUGUACCUUACAGCACUCCUGCUACUCCUGCAGAAUUAUUGCGAAGUUGGACAAUGUUUUUGCAAAAGAGGAUUUUCCAAACAUAAAAUUGAGGCACUGGUUGAUUCAUAUGUUUCUGAAGGGGACAUUAUACUUAUAGCGCAAUUCCAUGACUGUGCCUCGGAGAAUAAUGUCCAGUUUAGAACCAGCGACAGCAGGUUUGAAGUGGAUGCUGCUGGAGUUGUACAUGCAUCUCGGACCCUAACCAUUGGUUCGAAACUUAAGUUCAGUGUUUUGGCGGAUGACUUGGAAACUUGUGAAACUUGGAGAGUGGACAUUCAGCUCAGCCCUUUGAAAAAUACUGAGCUUGUAGAGAGGGCACUUAAAGUUAUCCGUUUUCCAAAGGAAAGGAGCUCCAGAUGGCUGAAGAGAGAAUGGGUCAUUCCACCACUGGAUGUCCGUGAGCAUGAGCCUUUGAAGCACCUUAACCCAAUUGCUGUUAUUCGAUCAGAUGCUGAGGAUGAACCAGGUGUUAUAAUAACCUACCGCAUCACUGGCAAAGGAGCUACCGAGCCACCUAUCAAUCUGUUUAUAAUCGAUCCUCAAACCGGUGAAUUAAAUAUUACCGGAGAGGUGGACCGCGAAGUAAAUGCAGUUUUCAAACUUACAGGCCAGGCCUAUGAUCAAAAUCGAAAGCCAAGAGAGAAGCCAAUAGAACUCAGCGUUAAAGUUUUAGACAUCAAUGAUAAUCCUCCAGUUUUUACAAAACAAGUCUUUCAAGGGAGUGUUGAAGAACAGAGUCCAUUUGGCACCUCUGUAUUACAGCUGACUGCAACUGAUGCUGAUGAAGGGGAGAAUGCCAUGAUCCAUUACAGGAUCAUAAACCAAGGUAGCAGAGCGGAAUUUACUGCAACAGCAAAUGGAGAAGUUAAAGUUACAAAGCCGAACCUUGACCGUGAAACCCAGGAUUUCUAUAGUUUCAUUCUUGAAGCUCGUGAUCUGAGAGGGAAAAGUCAAGGACUCAGUGCGACAGCAACAGCUCAGAUCAAGAUUUUAGAUGUUAAUGACAAUAUCCCCACUGUGAAAUAUUUUGAGUACGAAUUAAGCGUGAAAGAAAAUGUGAAAAAUAUCCAAUUGAUACGCAUAAAGGUAUUAGAUAAGGAUGAAGAGUUCAGUGAUAAUUGGUUGGCACACUUUGAUAUUAUUGAAGGCAAUGAAGGCGAGUAUUUCAGGAUUGAAGUCGAUAAUCGAACAAAUGAGGGAAUUUUGAUUAAUCAGAAGGAACUGAACUAUGAAGAAGUGAAACAGGUGAAUUUGGUUAUUCGGUUGGGUAACAAGGCACCAUUCCACAGCUCGGUCUCUACAAGCAGCAUCUUAAAGCCUAUUAAAGUAAAACUCAUAGUGGCAGACGUGACAGAAGGUUAUGAAUUUAGACCCUCAAAAUGGAUGGUAACAGUUACAGAAACUAUCACCAGUAAGCUGGUUAAUAAAGUGCUGGGGAAGUAUCCUGCUGUUAGUGCUGAUACUGGCAAACAGAGCAAAAUGACCAAGUACGCCAAGGAUGUUGAUGCUGCUAACUGGUUAGUGAUCAACCCUGACACUGGGGAGGUUACUUUCAAUGGCGUCCCCGAUCGAGAGUCUAGCUAUGUGACUAAUGGGACAUACACUGCAACCAUAUUGGCCAUAAAUAAUGAACAUACUCCAGCCUCAACUUCCACAGGAACCAUUGUUAUUCGAGUGCAAGAUGCCAAUGAUCAUUGGCCAAACUUUGUGGAUUUACAUCCGUGUAUGUGUGGCAAUGCAAAGUCCUUGAGCCUCACUGCUUUUGAUGCAGAUGGACCUCCGUAUGCAGCCCCUUUCCAGUUUAAUCUAGACUCUAAUACGAAGUGGAAAUUAGGUCAUACUAAUGCAACUAGCAUGGAGCUGAUUCCUGUCGGACAUUUAUGGCCUGGAAUAUUUACUGUACCGAUAUCUAUCAAAGAUAACGAUGGAAAUGGGCACUUGGUAAACCUCAAUGUUCACGUCAUUGAUUGCCAUGAGGUCAACACAUGCAGGACAGAGAAAUUAUUCCUGUCACCAAAGGCAUACCUUGGUGCUGCUGCUGUGGGUCUCAUGGUGUUGGCCUUACUGCUGCUCCUGCUUGUUCCUUUGUUGCUACUGUUUUGUCAAUGUGGUGGUGGAAUGAGGAAACGAGGAUUCUUUGUGAUACCGUCUGAGCCUGUGGGAUCCCUCACAAAAUGCAACUUUGAAGGUGGAGGGCCUGUCGACACGAUGGUGCCAGUCAUUUCUCACGGCGGUAAAGCAGGAAUAAUUCAAACAACGGUAAGCUUUGAUGGAGCAGGAGCUGGAAGAAGCGCAGUUUCCACUGAUUUCAUAGGAUCUGGUGAUGUCGUACGAUCUGGUGGCAUAGAAAUGUCUAAAUUCGAUGAGACGUUUGAGAAACAGAUGAAGUGGGAGGAGGAAGAAGACAAACACCAUGUUUCCAAAACAACUUCGAGUCAAUUGGUUCCCAUUUGGAAUGAGAGAGUUUGGCAUGGUGUCCCUGGAACCUUGGCAGGGGGUCCAACUUGCAGUCAAUUCUCAUCUGGUGAAAAACUGUGGGAAGGUUCUUGUAAAACUUUCAUCGAUGAAUACAUCCGUAAGGUAGGCAGUGGUCAUCUCAUCGUAACCUACCUUUGUGGGGUGACAUGCUCUGAACAUCACAUACAACAACAUGGGCCAGUAAACUGGACAGAGGGAUGGUAUCCAUUAACAGGACGAGGCCUGUAG